GCUGGUGGUACGCGUCAGACUGGAGCAAACGCCUCGUCGUCUCUUGGUCCCAGCAAGGGUUUGAACUGACACAACGCCGCACGAGGGCGCAAAAGCUCCGGCUUUGAUCCACUACAAUGAUGAAAUGGAUGGGGUAGACUGACGUUGGAGAGACGGCCUGUCUCGGUCUUGUUUCUAAUCGUCUUUAAAGUCUUUUGGCCGUCCCGCUUUCUUGUUGAAUUCUCACGAUGGUGUAGGGCCUUCAUAAUAACCGAACAAGCCACCCGCAACCUUAUCCAGGCCACUUCCCCUCCGGUUGUAAUUCCAACAUGGCGCCGUUGCAGAGUCGCAUUCUUGUCGGCUGCGGCCUCAUCUCUGCCGCUCUCGCUGCUGACAACGUCCUUUCGUUGACGCUCUCCGAAUCAGUCCCCAAUAAUGUCUCAGCAACAAUCGACCCAUCAUUCGCCGGCUUCGGCAUCGAGCUCGACCACCUCUUUUACUUCAUGGGCGACGAAACACCAAACGAUCUGUCUCUCAACCUCAUCAAUAACCUAGCCAACUUCACCGGUCGUCCACCGCACAUGCGAUUGGGAGGAAAUACACAAGACUAUCUCGUCUACAACGACUCACAAGACGAAUGGCUUAUCAAGCCGAACCCCCGCCCUACCGCGCCGGGGAACGUCCCUGCUGAUAACUUCAUCGUCGGUCCCCGCUUUAUGGAGAUCGCAAACCGUCUGCCCAAGGGUACGCCCGUCACAUGGGGUCUGAACCUGGGCUACGCAGAGUCCGACUACCUCGAGAGGCUCACAACAAUGGCAUCUCAGAUUAUCGACCGGUGCACCAACCUCAACAUCAUGUCAUUCGAAUUCGGCAACGAGCCAGACCUUUACGGCGACAACGGGUUCCGGAAGAAGGCUACCUGGUCCGGCACGGAGUACACCAAGGAAUGGCGGGAACGCGCCAACGCUGUGUGGGAAGAUGUCCUGGAACCCCGUGGGCUGCACAGCGACUUCUUCGAGGCGUCUGCUUCGACCGCCUGGGUAGCUGGCACGGGCUUCGAGAUCAAGGAUCUAGUUGAGUACGGUAUCGACGAUAAGGCCAACAGCUCCGACGUUGGCUUCGUUACGGGCUGGAAUCAGCACAACUACUUCUACUUUGUCGGGUCUUUCCCGUACCCCUUGACUCUCGACUACAUGCUGCGCUUCGAAACGACAAAGGCGCAGUUCGACUCGGCGAUUGAAACUCAAAUCACGCAAGCCGAGAAGACUACGCACCCCUUUGCGCUGCGCGAGAUGUCUGUCGUUGGACCGCUUGGUGCCGAGGGACUCAGCAACACCUUCGCCGCCGCCCUAUGGACUCUCAACUUCCUACUCUACGCCACAACUAUCAACAUCUCGUCCGUUCAGUUCCACAUGACCUACGACAGCAACGCCAGCGCCUGGCAACCGACAGCCAUGUUCGGACGCGACCGCUUCGUUCGGCCGCUCUACUACGGCAUGGCUGCAUUUGCCCAGACCAUUGGCCGCUCCUGCACCGCCCGCGUUGCACAGGCCGAGAUUACGGAUUACCCCUCGGGCUACAAUGACUAUAUCAAAGCCUGGUCGGUAUACCAGGGUGACUCGCUCGCCUCCCUUGUCCUGCUCAACGGCAAGGUCGCCAACGUCUCUGACGCCGAUAAGGGCAGCAUCACCGUCGAUGUUACCCUGCCCUCUUCCCUCGCCGGAGAGACGCUCCACCUGGCUUACCUGACCGGCGACGGCGCCGACGCAACGAGCGGGACGACGUGGAACGGCCUCAGUUUCGAGCAGGCCAACGACGGGAAGCUCAGUCAGGUGUCCAGCGACGAUAUCACCGUCAAGGUGGGCAGCGACGGUAAGGCGAGCAUUCCUGUUCGCGACACCGAGGCCGUGGUUGCCAACGUCGGCGCCAAGGUCGGUAGCGCGGAGCCCGAUAGCACAGCGUGCGGUGGGCUCGCGACUUCGUCUCAGGGAGUUGGUACGGCGACUACAUCUACCCCCGGUUCGUCAUCGGGUGGCUCGAGCAAUUCGUCUUCAGGCAAGAGCAAUGAUGAUUCAGGCGCGAUGGGUCUGGGUUCUGGAGCGAGCAUUUACAACUGCAUUGCGUGGAGUUUGGCACUUACCAUGGGAUUCUUCUUCUUAUAAACUCGGGGGAUAGAACAUGAUACCUAGGGUCUUGCAUUUUGGCGUAAUGGGAUAGGGUGGAUAUAAUGACUAUACGGUUUCUUUUGUCAUGUCAUCAAAAGAAUCUCUAAUCAAACAAUUUUCAUGUAGAAUUUAGCCUGUGAAUUGUGAGGGC